AAACAACAAUUUAAAAAAAAACCAACAAAACCAAAAACAAAAAAAAAACAACAAAAAAAGGAAUAUUAUGAGUUCGCUAAACAGAAAAUUAAUUUGCGCAUAUGGAAUGCUGCACACAUAGAUAUAGUCGUACAUAUACAUAUAUGUAUAUUUGCCUAUGUUAUACACACACAAAUCUACAUAAAAUCUAAGUGCAAACCAAUUGUGAUUUAAGCUAAUGACCACAACUACAAAAAAGCUACAAAAAAAGAAGUGUAUAAAAAAUUUUUCAAGUUUAUUAAAUAUAUACCUAUGAAAAUCAACCAAAGCCUUGUAAAUAGCAAAACGAAGUAACCAAAGAACAAAACUCUUUUCUUAUCAAUAAAAACCAACAGAAGUCUAAACCAAAGGAAUUAAAAACCUAACCAAAAUCAUAAAAAACAAACAACGAAUUAACAGACAACGCCGUUUACACAACAACUUGAUAGAGAAAAUGCAUUGCUAAAUAACUGGAUUCUUUGAACUUCCUUCAAACCGAGUGGCCUGUAAUUCAGAACUGUCUCAACGCAAAAAUGGCACCACAACGCACUGGGAAACAUCAACUUCGGCAGCAACAGCAACAAAGGGCGCAACCAAAUUGGCAAGGGCUGCAGCAACAACAACAGCAAUUAGAAACAACAACAAAGGCCCGGCAACGAUAUAGAGCAGUGGAAAAAUGAAACAAAAACCAGAAACGAAUUUUCCACUCAAAUUUGCAUUCUGCCAAAGUAAUACAAAAGUCUAAACAAAGAGGAAGGAAACAACACACAAAACAGUGCACAAUAAGAAAGUUGCCACUAGAAAAGGGGUCAGAGGACACGCACACACACACACAGACACACACAUAAAAAAAUACACAAACAGGAGCAGACCACAACAUAAAACACAUAAAACAUUCAACGGACACAAAGGACGUCGAGUGCAUUGUGUACAAUUUUCAACGAAUUUCCAAAAGUCUACAUAACAAAUCUAACAAAAGUUCAUUAAAAAUAAUAAAACAAAACAAAACCAUAAAAAUAUUUGAAAUUUGCUCUGUGAUUUUCUAUCAGAAUGGUUUAGUAAUCCAAGUAAUAAUAAUAAUAUUUAAUAACAUAAAGUAUUUAUAAAUAUUGCUAAACUGCAUUCCAAGCAACCAAUACAAAACAACAAGAGAAAAGUUUAUCAAAUCCCCAAAGAAAAGCUUUAAGUCCAACCCAAAACGAAAAUCAACAAAACUUUCUAUAAAUAUUACGAAUCAAAGUUUAUUACACUGCGCCUAAUUAGAGCAGCUAACGCUAGUUAGAUAACUUCGUUCAGAGCCACAAUUUCACUAGAGGAUAGGAUAAACCCAGACCGGAGCCAUGGACGAAAUGCCCGACCUUUCGCACCUCACGCCCCACGAGCGGAUGCAGAUCGAGAAUGUCCUUAUGCGGCAAAAGCAGGAGGAGGAGAAGCAGAACGAGAUCAUGCGACGCAAACAGGACGAGGUGGUCACGCUGGAAAUGCAAAUCAGACAGCGCUCCGAGCAGCAGAAGAAGGCCGGCGUUGAGCUGGAUGCCACCUGUCACAUAUGCCUUAAGACCAAGUUCGCCGACGGCGUUGGCCACAUUUGCCACUACUGCAACAUCCGCUGCUGCGCUCGGUGCGGCGGUAAGGUGACGCUGCGCAGCAACAAGGUUAUAUGGGUGUGCAUACUGUGUCGCAAGAAGCAGGAGCUGCUGUCCAAAACUGGCCAAUGGAUCAACAAGACGGCGGGCCAACAAGACGGUUUCAUCCGACGCAUCGAACCGGAUGGCAGCAGCGACAUCUCCCAGCAUCCCAUUGUGGAUCCGCACGACACCACGGACAAGCGGCCCAAGCUGGAAAGGACUCGCAGUGCCGCCGAGAAGGAGAACCUGCCGAUGCAGCGGGCGGGCAGCAUGCUGAGGCGCCAAUAUUCGCAGCAAGAGCAGCCCACGAACCGAAGGCUGUCCGCCUCCGAAGGCGGAAUGGACCCCAUGAUGAGUCCGGGUCAGCAGCAGAUGCAACAUCACCAGCAGCAGAUGCAGCAGCGGUCCAGGAUGCAGCCGAUGAAUCCGCAGCAGGCGCAGCAAGGAUACGGAAUGCAGCAGCAGAGAUCCGGAGGAGCCUAUUCCGACGAUGAUCCGCGUUACUAUCAGGGUGAACUGGAUGGUCUGAUGAGGCAGCAUCCCCACCUGGCGCAUCCCAGUCAGGUGCAGCCGCAACAUCCGCCACAUUCGCAGCAAUCGCAGCAGCAGCAACAGCAACACCUUAUGCCGCAGCAGCAUCGCCAGUCACCGCAGCAACAUCCUCAGCAGCAGCAGCAGCACUCGCAGCAAUUUGCGGCCAGGCAGCAACUUCAACAUCAACAUCAACAGCAGCAGCAUCAGCAGCAUCAGCAGCAACAACAACACUCCUACCAGGCGCAGGUACACCAGCAACCGCAGCAACAUCCGCACUCGCAGCAGCAACAUGGCCAGCAAAUGGGUGGCUAUCAGAAGCCGCCGCCGUUGACCAGAAACUUGACCAUCAGCGGUGGCCAUGCAAUGGACUCCAGUGCCUACAGCCAGCAGCACCAGCAGCAGCAGCGGAGAGCGCUGGCUGGAUCGCAGUACGCGUCGCAGCAGCAGAGAUCCUUCAGCAGCUCAGAGGAGGAGUUCCAGCAGCAAUUGCUGGCCGCCCAGGCGCAGGCCGCGGGAACGGGGGGCGUGGCCACGGUGACCGCCGGAUCGGAUUACGAUGGCGGGCGCCUCCAGGUGCGCACCUCAUUGGAUCCGUGGCGCCAGCAGCGCAGCCUGAACGAACGGGAUCUGCUGAGCAGCGGCGGUGGUGGCGGCAUCAGCGGUCUCAGCGGUGCCGGUGCUGACUUCCGCCAUCGGCUGUACGCUUCCGCCGAUCAGCGGGAUCGCUACGAGCUGCAGCAUCGCGAGCGUUUGGAGCAAUAUCCGCUGACGCGUACCGCUCGCUUGGACGUCCAGCAGCGCAACUCGCUGAACCGCAGCAAUCACGAGCGGCAAUUUUCCGGCGGCGGCGGAGGAGUAGGAGUGGGAGGAGGAGGUGCAAGUGGAGCAGGAGGUGGUGGUGGUGCUGCUGGCGUCUAUCGUCGUGCCCCGCCAUUGGCAGCCGCCGGCGGCGGUGGCAGCAGCAGCAGCAGCACCACUAGCAGCAGCUACUAUCCCCAAACGAAGCCGCAGAUUGUGAUUGGACAGGGUUACGAUCGAGGAUCGGGAUCGAUAGCCAUGGCAGCGGCAGAGGCUCAAGGUCAGCCGGUGCGGGGUGGCCAACGUGUUGGCCUUUUGGGCGCCACACGAGGCGCCGGCGGUGGCGGCGGCAGCAGUUCCGUUAGCUCCACAGAGGCGGCCUACUGGGACGAACCGGCCAACAGUUCCUCCUCGUCGGCGGCCCAGGAUUCGCGACGCUUCACCGAGCGCAGAAUAAAGAAGACGGUGCGAUUUGAUGCCCAUGAUGAGGAGGCCUCCAUUCUGGCGGCCAGCAGCUCACUGCCACCGGUCACGGCAAUCCUGCCGUCGACGGCCGUCGAUGUGGGUGCGGCCACCAUUUUGAGCAGCGGCAAGAGCCUCGAAGCUGGCGGAGCAGCGGACUGGUCGCGUUGGGAGGCCGAGCGGCAGGGCAGCCAGGACUCGGCCACCAAGGACUCGGGCAUCGAUACGAGCAGCACGUUCACCAGCAGCGAGGACUCCAAUCGAGGAGAUGGGCCCAAGAAUCCGGUGAAUUGGCAAACAUCCGCGGACAAUACUCGCCUGAUCGGGCAUAUGAUAUUGCGUAAAUACUAUGAUGGGGAGGAUAUAUUAGGCUUAAAGGUCAACGGCGGUCAGAUCCUCGGAACGGGAACGGGAUCUGGAUCGGGAGGUCCAUGCGGGGCCAUUGUGGAGAAGGUGAAGCGCGGAUCGGUGGCCGAUCUCGAGGGAAGGAUUCGACCAGGGGACGAGAUCCUCGAGUGGAAUGGCCGCGGGCUGCACAACAAGAGUGCCGACGAGGUGUACGACAUCCUCGACGAGAGUCGCCUGGACGCCCAGGUGGAACUGAUUGUCAGCCGGCCGAUCGGCGGCAGCGGCGGUGGCGGUGGUGGAGGCGGCAGCGGUGGCAGCAGCAGCAACGUCAGCCCCAUCAGCGGCGCCUCCGGCGGAUCAUCCGCCAACAGCGUCCCCGCGCGCCGCUCCUCGGCCAACUUCCCGCACAGCGGACUGGCCAGCAGCAUGGCCGGCAGCGCGGUGGUCAGCAGCGGCGGACGAUAUCUCCAGCGCAAAGCACCCGCGGUCGAGGCGAUUGAAAUCCACCGCGACAAGCCGAGCGUGCUGAUCACCUCGCCCGGUUCGCCGGACAUCCAUACGAGUGCUUCCGGACCGGGAUCGGUGUCGGGAUCGGGAUCCGGAUCCGGAUCAGGAUCGGGAAUCCGGCAACGUGGCGGCGUCGGGCAGACGCAGCGCCUGGGACCAAGCCACAGCACCCACAGCCACAGCAGCAGCGGGAGUGGCAGCGGCAGCGGCAGCAGCACCAGCAGCGUCCACGCCCCCCACUCCCAGUCGCACGGCCCCGCCCACGGUCACGCCCACGCGUCCGCGUCCGCUUCCGGUACCGCCCCCGGCGGCCUGCACGGCACAACGACGGCGGGCCACCAUCACCACCAUUACCACCCGCAUCCGCACCAGCACCCGCACCAGCAUCCGCUCCAACACCACCAGGCUCCGCCCGCCGCCGCCCACCUGCCGGGCCACCACGGGGUGGGCGGUGGCAUCGGUAUCGGCAUCGGAAUGGGCAGUGGCUCAGGCACCACCACGCAGCCAAUCCCCAUCGAGGGCCGCCUGCAGCUGAAGCUCGGCUACGACCAGAACACCCUGCAGCUGAUCGUGACCCUGGUCUGCGCCACCGGCCUCUCCCUCCGACAGAGCGGAGCGGGCCGCAAUCCCUAUGCAAAAGUGUUCCUUCUGCCCGAUCGGAGCCACAAAUCAAAACGGCGAACGAAGACGGUGGGCACCACCUGCGAACCCCGUUGGGGUCAGACCUUUGUUUACUCAGGUCUGAGACGCUGUGAUCUCAAUGGCCGAUUGCUGGAGGUGACGCUGUGGGAUUAUGUGCGGUACGGGGCCAACGACUUCAUCGGCGAGGUGGUAAUCGAUCUGGCGCACCACAUCCUGGACGACGAGGCCGAGUGGUACCAGCUGCAGCCCCACCAGGACACCUCCUAUCUCUUACGUGACGAUUGCAGCGAUGUGGACGGCCUGAUACUGACACCGACCGAUCAUUUAUCACCGCCGAGCACCAUGUCGCGUCUGAGCGACUCGGACACGACGUCCGACUGCGACAUCGAUGGAAUGACGCCCGGGGCCAGCAUCUCGUCGAUGGGCAGCUCAGCGAGUCCGCCGCCCUUGCUAGAGCUCGAUCUAAACGAGCGGCGGUCCCGACGUGACAUGUCGCCCCAGGGCCGCAAACGGGUGGCCGGGAUGGUGGCCCGCGACUACCGCACUGUAUCUGGCAUUGGACAAAGUUACCACAAUCAGGCCUCUGCCACCGGCUACUAUCGUCGCGGAGGUGGUAAUGGUGUCGGCUCCUCCAUCGGUCCCGGUGGCAUGAGCCUCAGCCAGCGGAGCCACUCGGCGGCACCCAGCGACGGUUACCACAGCAGCAGCGGCGGCGGCGGAGUGGGCGGAGUGCCCUCCGGCGGUUCAGCCUACGGCUACAGGAGCACCAGUCCAAGGCGGGGCUCCCUUUCGCCACCGGACGACCGCUACAUAGACUAUCCAGUGCUUCCAGUUCACGGAUCGCCCAACACCCCAUCGGUCUACCAGGGACCGGGUGGUGCAACCACUGCGGCGGCGGCGGCUGCCUCGCAGCAGCAGCGAUUCCAGUCGCGCUCGGCCACAGCCACGCCCACAGGAUCCCCCAAGAAAAGGCAACUGCCACAGGUGCCGCAAACCUCUCGGAGUGCCAUGUUGAGGGACCGCCUCGGGCAGGACUUCGACGAGCGGUUGGCCUCCGGCGGUCGCUUUGGACGGCACCGCACACGGCAGCCGCACCACCAGGCAACGUACCGCAGCACCGGAAUGGGCGGCUGGGAGCGCCACUACACGGGACUGUCCGACAGCGACCUGCACUCGAUGGACGCCAGGAUGCGGCCGCGACACUCGCUCUCUCCGGACAAGGACUUCAUGGGCGAGUUUGGAGACUCGGACAUGGAGUCGGUGGUCAGCGUGACCUCGAGCGCCUUCUCCACGCAGUCGGAGCGACCGCGCACCUCUCGCGGACUCAGCUUCCCCCGCAACUGGCGCAAUCUCUUUGGCGUCCGCAACAGUUUCCUCAGCGGAUCCGGAGGCGAACCGAUCACCGGAUUGCGACUACAUCACUCGGAACCGGGAAGAGCGAACACCAUCGAGGUGGACGACUGCGACUAUCUGCCGGCAGGUGGCGCCCAACAAUUGGUGUUGCUGGAACAGUUGGAGCAACUGCAGCAGUUGGCCGCUCUGGCGGCAGCCGAUUCCCCACCCAUUUCCGCGGGGAUAGGAAUGGUGGCGCCACCGCAUCAAGUGCUGGUCACCGAUGCCAAUAGCGGCCAGUUGGUGGAGCAGUUCUACGUGGAGCCCGGCACAAUGGCCGAGGAAAUGAUGAUGGAGCCAAUCGAUCCACUCGAUCCCCAUGCGCAUUUGCAUCCACAUUCCGCCUUCUACUCGCCAUUGCCCCAUUUACCAUUCGAUAUCGACAUCUAUCCACCACCACGACGGUCCAACGGACAGAAACCGAACGUACAAGCCACCGCUGCUGCUGCCGCUGCCGCUGCCUAUCCGCUGCCGCUGCUGCCGAGCUUUGAGCAAUUCAAGCGCAUUACCACGCCCAUCACGAAUCUCUUCCGCAGCUCCUCGCCCUCCGGCGUCCAUGCCCACGACCACGCCACCGCGGCGCCCAGCUCGCUGGUGGGUUAUGUCCGUGAUCAUCAGGAUAAGAGCUGCAGCCACUGCCAAAACGGAAGUCAGCCGGUGGUGCUGUCCACGCACCACACCCUGCACCUAACCACCGCCGGUCUGGCGAUUGGUGCCUGCCAGGAUCCGUGUUGCCUAGCGGAUGCCCAUCCGCAUCCGCAGCACCAGCCCAUGGGUUAUCCGUAUGGCGGAGGACCAGGUGGUGAGCCACCCUCAACGGAUCCCGCGAUGUGCGGCGAGUGUGUGGAUCAGCACUUCUUGGGCGGUUUAACGGGGCCGCAGUUGAACUUGGGUGUGGUGCCCACCUACCAUGUGCACACGCCCACGCCGAAUGCUCAUCGAAGGGCCAGGGGUCAAAUGGCAACGCCUGCACCACCGCCCACUCAGUCGGUGCUUCGCCUGUCGCGACAGCUAAGUGAGGAUGCACUGGUGGCAGCGGUUCCCAUUUCAGAGGCCAAGGCUCAACCCACUUCGAUACUGAAGAAACCGAAGCUGGAGCGAAGACGACUCUUCCACGAGGGUCAAUCGAGGUCGCUGGACUACGAUGAUCUCCACACGAAGAGCUGGGGACGUCGACGUAUUCGGUACGAGGAUGAGGUGAUGCCCUCAUCGGCGGAUUAUCCCUAUCCGCAUCCGAAUCCUUAUGCCCACUCACCCACUUCGGCGAUGUCGCGACGCUACGGAUCGGAAACGAAUAUCCGGCAAUCGUAUAUGGGCGCCAAUGUGGAUGCCAACCAUCCGUUGAGUCACUCGCAUUUCCUGGUAACCGAUGACAAGAUAGUGACCAUCACCUAUGACUCGGAUGUGGGCUGGACGCGAAGGGGAGUGGCACCCUCGCUAUUCCGGGGAGCUCAUCGCCAGCGGGGAUUGGCGGAUCCCAGGAACCACAUGUCGCUGGACUUGCAGCGAACCAGCCAGCAAAAGUUGUACGGACCAGCGGCUCCUUAUCUCAAGCGGCGCAGGAAUCUGCCGCAUCCGCCAAGUGCGCAGAAUGCCCACAAUUUCUCACCAAUGGAACCGGGUUCGGGUCUGGGAUCGGGAAUGGACUUGAAUGCUGCGGCAGCGGGAAUGGAGCAGGGCAACGGAAUGGGUAGCGGUGGUGCACACAACACUACCGGUGCCAGUACACACAAUAGCAACCACCACACCACCAAUCACCACAAUAGCCAAGCGAGUAGUGUUAGUGUUAGCCAAAGUCACAAUCAACAACUACAACAACAACAACAAUCAGUUAGGCAAAAAGGGAAAGAAGGCACCACCGCCAUUAGCGGAUCGAUGAUGGCAUCGGAGCAGCUGACGAAAUCUAGUAGUGGGAGCGGUGGUGCAACAUCUGCUGCCGCUGCUGGGCAUCUUGUCGUCGGUGGUACUAAUGCUAAUAAUGCUUCUUCUUCCUCUUUUGCAAAUCCCCAACCACCACCACAACAACAACAACAACUUCAUGGAUCACCCAACAAUAACAACAAACGUGCCCUAUCAUCAACACCACAACAAAACACAACAAACACCAUAAACAAUGACGCCAACAACCUGACGCUUGACGCCACACAACAACAACAAUUACAAUCACAACAACAACAACAACCACCACCAAAUACAUGCACAAAUCUGAUCACAAAUUCAACAACAACAUUAACAACAACAACAACCACAACAUCGUCGAAUGCAACGAAUGCGGCGACAACGACAACCGCAACAACAACAACAACAAAUGCUACAACAACUGCCACAAAUCCAACAACAACGAAUAACACGAACGAACCAAACGCAACAACAACGAACGCGGAUGCGGACGCCGACGCGGAUGCUCCGCUGGACGCCAUCGACUGGGAUGCGAUCGAUGCAAUGUUGGACGACGAUUUCAGCGAGUACGAUAAGGACAAAAACGGAGCCGACGAAGCGGGUGGCUCCAAAUCAGCAGAGGGUGGUGCCGAAGAUAAAGUCGAUGGCAGCCUCUCGGACACCGCCAACGAUCGGAAGAAGGGCGGCGUCGACCAGGAGCGAUCCCCCAAAGGGGGCAGCGGAAUGGGCAAGAAGUCGAACUCGACCUCGCAGCUUUCGGCCACAGGUCGUAAAAGACGUAUGGGCUUUGGAAAGAAGGGUAAGAACUCGUUCACGGUGCACCGCAGCGAAGAAGUGCUGCCCGGCGAUAUCACGCGGGAGCUGCGCAGCGGCGGCGGCGGUGGCGGCUUGGGCGUUAGCCUCGGCGGUGCCGGUGGCGCCGGUGGUUCAGGUGGUGCCGGCGGUGGCGGCGGCGGCCUAUCACGCGGCUCGUCCUCGGAGGCGGACGCCAUCGAGCAGUUCUUCGGCGAUGGCGCCGGCGGGGAAAGAUUUUCCCCUUCGUUACGCAAUGAUGGAGCCCUCAAUGAGUUCGUGGAUGGCCUGGGACCAGGUCAACUGGUGGGUCGCCAGGUUUUGGGAGCUCCCUCGCUGGGUGACAUCCAACUAUCGCUGUGCCACCAAAAAGGCUGUCUGGAGGUGGAGGUCAUACGGGCCAGGGGAUUACAGCAAAAAGCCCAAUCAAAGAUGCUCCCUGCUCCGUAUGUAAAGGUUUACUUGGUGUCGGGCAAACGAUGUGUGGACAAGAUGAAGACCUCGUCGGCUCGCCGAACCCUGGAUCCACUGUACCAGCAGCAGUUGGUGUUCAAACAGUCCUACGCCGGUUGCAUACUACAGAUAACCGUUUGGGGCGACUAUGGACGGAUCGAGAAGAAGGUGUUUAUGGGCGUGGCGCAGAUAAUGCUCGACGAUCUGAAUCUGUCGAAUAUCGUGAUCGGCUGGUACAAGCUCUUUGGCACCACCUCACUGGGUCGUCCGAUUGUUUGGGCCGGCGAAUCAGUCAUUAUGGAGGAGCCGGGCGAAUAACAGUUUCCAACACACUCGACACCCAAAGCAACAACCACCACAACGCUUAAUUUUACAGCCACAACAACGAAAACACUUUAAGCACCCAAGCACAAUUCAAUUCAAGCGAACUCUAAACUGAACUGAAUUCAUAACCAUUCGCCAGUGCUGUCAGCCCGGCAGCCAAAUAGCAAAGGACCAAAGGUUAGCCUGCAUCGGCGGAUCCCAAAAAAAAAAGAGCCGCCCGAUCCUCAUUCGGCAGGUUUGCUGGCCUAAGCUAAGUCCACAUCUGUUUUUUUUUUCUAUUCUACCGCGAAGGAAGACUUUGAACAAAUAUAAUAACAACAAGAAAAUAAAAAGAAAAAAAAGGAAAAAAAGAGAAAUAUCUAAUUUUUAUAAGUCAUGAAAACAAAUGCAUUUAAAUGAACCGAGAACAGAGAACACAAGCAGAGCAGUAAAAUGAUUAAACGUAACUACGGAAUACAGAUAAAGGAUAAAUGUAAAGGAAGUCUAUAUAUACAUAUACACAUAUAUAAAGGAUAACAUUUGACAAAGGAUACUUGUAAAUUAUGCAUAUUUAAAAUAAUUUUUAUUACACACCUAAGAUCACUAUUAUUUUCGUAAUACGAUUACUACGAUUAUUAUUACUUAAAACUAUUAUUGAUAAAAACAUAAAAACCAAGAAAAAACAAGGAGAAGGUGGAUAAAGAUAAAGUUCAAGUGCUAAUGUCUGUAAUGCCUAAGCCUUAGCCUGAGCAGAGACGCAGAAGGAUAUAAAUUGUUUAUUGAAUAACUAGCUAAAUCUAAAUCAGUAAAGGGAGUUAUAGAUUUUCAGAGAUGGGAGUUAUUUAAGUAUAUAUACAUACAUAUAUAAAUCGAUAUAUACAUAAAUAUAUUUACCGUUUAAGCAAGCAAAGAACCACUAACACUUAAAUAAGCCUAACUUACGAUAAAACCGAUAAAGUUAAAGCUUAAGAUUAGGUAACUAAAAUGGGAUAUGAGAUAUGUAUUAAUCGAAACCAAAUACCAAAAAGCGAACAAAAAAUAUUUACCAAGCGAGAGAUGAGCAAGUUUAACUUAAUAAUGCAAAAUCUGAACUUAAGCUGUACAUAGGAUCCACACACGUUACAAAUACACCACAUCCGGAUAACCGAUAACCAAUUACCGAUUACCGAUUACCGAUUACCAACUACCGCUUCCCCGACUUUAGGCUUUAUAGCUAUUGUUUAGCUCUGCGCCCCGGCCAAAAACUCCGCAGUCACCCCAAAAUGCACGAGUUUUUGUCGUCGGCGAUGAGGACAUAUAUAUUUGAGGCAGAAGUAUCUUAUUAUUUUAAACUUAGAGCAAACGAAAUCUAACUCUCUAUAUGAAUAAACUAUAUCGCGAUUUUUGUUGUAGCUCCCCAUCGCUUCACUUCUUCGCGCUUUUAGAGUCGCUUUAAAAACCCUUUUGUCGCCUUGGUUCCAAUCAAACUUGCCUCGAAAACGCAUCAAGUACCUUCAAGUUAAUAGUGUGAGCUGUAAAAAUCGUUACCUGCUUGCCAAAGAUACACGUAUGUACACGUACAUUAGCAUAGAUGGAAAACGGGAAAGUGUUACGGAAAACCGAAAAUAGUUUGCAGAUUAUUGCAUGUUAAUUUGAGAUAUUUUUUGGCAUUUAUUUGGGCAACAUUUUGCAAUGCAUUCCUUGGGGAGAAGCAAACAUAUCACAGGCCUGCAGAUAAAUGAUGGAUGGUGGGAGCAGUUAACUUUUAUAUAUACAUUAGAACAUAGGGCAAAGGACAGAGAACUACGAUUAUGAGACACCUAGCUAUUGUUCCUAUCCAGUUGUUUAGUGCUCGUUCUUUUUGCUUUCACUCAUGGCUAUAUUGAGUUGAACCUUUCCGUCCAUUCAUUCAAAUACACACACAGCUAUAGAGAAACAGUUACAGCGAUUGCAGCUACAGAUUGAGGUAAAGUUAAAUAAUAUAUUGACAUGUGCAUAUCCAUCCAAGCAGCAGCUUCCUAUAUCAGAACUUAACAACUAAGAGAUACGUAGAGAAAAUGCCGAAACACAGGGAAAAUGCAUUCAAAAUGUUGCUGCAAAAAAAUCACAAAAACAAAUCGCGCAUCAAGCAUACGAACAAAAAAAAACGGAGAGGGAUUACGCGCUUCAGAAAUUUGAGAAAAGUAUAACUACCAGCGAGGUUUCCAGCAACUAAUUAUACGAUAUAUAAGACAGAGGAACAUACAUUCAGAUACAUACAUUAUAGAUAAUCAGAUUUGUACACUCCGCUCUUCACGAAACCCAUACGAACUUUUCUAUGAUAAAACUCUCUCUAUCUCUACCUUAAUAUUGUUUUCACUGCUCUCCUUCGGCAAACAUUCAAAGAUGCUUUGAUUACUCAGCAAAAAACAGAAAUUCCACAAACUUCGGCCAGGUCGAAGAUAAAUGUCCUUUGCAAUUUUAAUUGGCAUAUAAAUAGAAUAGAUAAAACUGCAGUAACUUGGUACACUUAAAGCGAAUAAUUUGUAAAGGACAUUUCUACCGUACAGUCAUACCAGAAAUUCUUAUUAGGAUUCCUAUAGAAUUCGUUACAUUUAAGUCACACCAAAGACAAAAGCAUAUAGAAAAUGUUAAUGAAGCAAAUGAUAUAUUACGGCAAGUUAUUUCAAAGGCAACCAAUACAAGAAACAAAAUGCUAUUUACUAAGUUCAAUUUGGAUGACAGGCGACGUUAAUACACACGAUACACAAGAUGAUGACAACACGAGAAUAUAUCAUUUAUUGCAAAUGUUGAACAAAAUUGAUUAAUGGGCGAAGGCCAGCGCUCUCGCUGGGCGCCCUGAACACCUUAUAUUGUAUUUUAAUAUCUCGACAACAAUCGAAGGUCGAGAAACGACAAUAAACUGUGAAAUGAAUAUGUAAAAACAAAAUAAAAACACAAAAAACUAAAAUUAUAUUAAAAAUUGCGGAGAAGAGCAUUAUUAAUAUUGAUGAACACAGAAACUUGAAUUGUGUAAAACUAAAAACUAAAGAGAAAAUUUAAUGAGAAGCAACAUUUAAAGAACAAAACAAAAGAAAAUUCAUUAAAAAUUGUUUUCUAAUAAAGCAAAAA